AUGCGUUCAAUACGAAGUUCGCCGAAUUGGAUCUGGUGGAAACUGGAUCUAACCGCGGAUGGUACGGAUAGUUGUGUCAGCCAGCAGGGAGAUGACGACUGCAUGGAUGAUGCUGAGCGACAGGAAUUGAAGGCUCUUUGGCAGGAUGCUUCAGGGAAUGAUAAACAUAAGACAUAUGCCACGCAAGACGAUCUCGAUGAUGUCGACCGACAGGUAGCAUAUACCCAUGCUGUCAGGUCUAAGUUUUCUGCAGCGCUUAGUGGUCAUACAAGUCCUUCGUGUGCUGGCACUGGGGAUGGGUCAGAGCCCCUCGAUCUCUGUCAAGACCCAGCUCCAGGAACGGGGGAAGUAGAGGACGUAAGAAGUCCAAUCCCCCGCGAAGGAACGCAUGGUGCCUCUGAAGCCCUAAUGUGCAAUGCACCGACGAGCAAUAGGGGCUUUCAGCAUCUAUUGGAUUGCUCCGCGUGCCCUAUGGAUCUUCAAGAUAUCAGUGAGAGUGUGAACCAACCACCAUUUAGUUAUGAUCUCCCGGCCGCCACGGAUCCUGGAGGCCUGAGUUCCGAGAAAAACUCAGGUCAGUCGGACCUCAACGAUCUCGCCAACGUUAAUGAUGACGAUUAUGAAGUGACAGUGAGUGGCGACGAGCAUACUUUGAAUCCGAUCGAACAAGGCACGGCUCCUGCGAGUGCAACCUUGAACAUCUCUCGAAUUACGGGUCAUGGACCGGUGUCAGGAUUGGCAAGAGUCGAUCUGAUAAACAAGUCGCCAAUGAGAGGCUCUAUCGCAGCUCCUGUGACUGGGUCCUCCGCGUCGGCUACUUGGACACACGCCAGACAUAAUCAGGCAGGCCAAAGCCGCAAAAGAAACAAUCGAUCUGAUUCUUCCAAAGACGUGGACAAUGAUACCCCCAACGAUGACGAUUAUGUUCACGCAGAUAAUGGGGCGUCUGGCAUGGAAACACAACCUCGUCCGGCUAAGAGACGAAGACAAACACGUGCUUUAGCAUCUCCAUCUCGCCGAAAGCGAUGUACAGCGUCAUUGCGGAAUCAAUCUAGCAACCAGUCUCGAACGACGAAUUUGCCUGAUUCUGAGACUAUUCACGUUCAAGGCUGUCUCAUCCGGAAAAUCUCCCUUGCCAAAAUUGAAUAUUACUGUUGCUUCACAGAGAUUCGAGGUACUCCCUUCGUACCUGGCACAGUGUUCCCAUCGCUGGACCAGAAUUGUGAUCAGCCUCCGCAGACAAGUCUGCAUAAUAUUGAAACUGUUUCUAUUCGAGGUCUCUUCACCCGCGAUCCCUCUCAGCGUCGAAUCGUAUAUAGCUGUUCCUUCACGGAAGAAAGUGAUUUGCCCACGUUCAAUCCCGUGACGGAAGCUGAAUCCGAUUCCCCGAACGAUGUAGGUGAUACUGGAUAUGAUGAAUUGCGCUCCACCGCCAAAGCUUCAACGCAUACUUCGACGCCUAACUCAAUCAAAGGCAUGCCGUUCUCACCUGAAGAAGAUACGCUCCUAAUCAGCCUAAAGGCAGAUGGUCUAUCAUGGUCGGCUACUGAGACGCGCUUUCCAGGGCGGACCAGAGGCUCCCUUCAAGUGAGAUAUUGCACGAAAAUGAAGUCUCGGAUAUCCGAGAGCAGCGGAAAGCAGUCGGGUCCGGCUAGGUCCAUGGCAUCCCCAGUAAGGCCUGGUCUCGAAUCCGAUCGGGAAACCUGCACUGCAGAGAGUGCGGCACCAAAUAAGCGAUACGGGCCGCCUCGAUCCAGAUGUUCAGUCAAUAGAUACUCACCAGGAUGA